AUGCGACAUUCACUCCCGUUCCGCACACUCAAUCCCGUCGCCCGCACUCCCGUCGCUCACACUCCCGACGCUCACACUCCCGCCCUCACACUGAUGUCGCUCACAAUUCCGUCCUCACAAUUCCGUCGCCUACUCACUCCGGCCUCUCACGAACUCCCGUCCCUCAAUGCGUCCCGUCACUCACGCACUUUCGUCCCGCGCUCACCUCGUAGUGCGCGGUACUCCCUCCCGCUCCGCAGUCACUGUCGUCCCGAAUUCUCACCCUCCUCACGCAAGAACGAUGCCAUCGUGCUCUCUCCCUCCCUCACUCAAUCCCGUCCCUCUCUCAUACCCGUCCCUCUCUCACACCCGUCCCUCUCUCACACCUGUUCCUCUCUCACACCCGUCCCUCUCUCACACCCGUCCCUCUCUCACACCCGUCCCUCUCUCAUACCCGUCCCUCUCUCACACCCGUCCCUCUCUCACACCCGUCCCUCUCUCAUACCCGUCCCUGCUGCCCCCAGGUGCCACGUGGCAUCUGGGGUGGUCACCUCUCCAUGCAUCCCCCUCUCUGCCUCUCUCGUCCAAGCCCUCGAAGCCCAUCCCCUCCUUUUCCUCUCAGCCGUUCUCUCCCCUCCUUCCUCAUCCCCUCUCCUCCUUUCCCUCUCAGCCCCUCUCAGCCAUUCUCCUCCUUUCCCUCUCAGCCCCUGUCCUCCUUUCCCUCUCAACCCAUCUCCUCCUUUCCCCCAUGUCCUUCCCUCCGUUUCCCCCCUUUUUAUCUCUCCCUUUCCCCAUUUCCCCCCUUUUCAUCUCUCCCUUAUCCCGUUUCCCCCCCUUGUCCUUCCCUCCGUUUCCCCACUUGUCCUUCCCUCCGUUUCCCCACUUGUCCUUCCCUCCGUUUCCCCACUUGUCCUUCCCUCCCUUUCCCCCAUGUCCUUCCUUGCGUUUUCCCCCUUAUUUCUCCCUCCCUUACGCCCAUGUCCCUCCCCUUCUCUUACCUCGCCCAUCCUUCCCACCUGCUCGGCAUUUCGUCAUUGGCUCCGCGCUAUGGCGGCCCGGCGAAUCCCCGCUACCGUCGCUGCACUUGCCGCCGCAACUGCCGCUGGAUUCGCGUCCGCGAUCGCCAUUCUCGUCCUCUCGCGGCCGCUCCACUCGCUUCCCGCCAUUCUCCAUGCCUUCCUCCUCCGCGUCCUGCGCCGCAUCUCACGCACCUUCCUCGCUAAUUGCGCUGGCUUCAAAUUACUCCACAACACGCGAUCCGUCCUCUCGUCGUCUAUCGAGGCGCCUCCAGUCUCGUCGCUCCCGGUAUCGUCUGAUCAAAAUGCACCGCCCGCGUCUCAAUGCCGCCUCAAUUUGAACGGCUGCAAUACUGACGGCUUCAAGAAUCCUCCAGCAACAGAUGCGACUGGCCUUGCGAUUAACCGUGCGACCCUUGCGACUUGCCAGGAGCAGGGGACGUCGCAUAAAUGCGACGGGCCAGAAUCUGCAACCGGCAUCCGUGAGAUCCACGAACCUUCGCGGAAGGGCCGCGACGGGCUGGUGGCGGCGAUCGGCAACACGCCGCUGAUCCGCAUCGCGAGUCUGUCCGCUGCGACGGGCUGCGAGAUCUACGGCAAGGCGGAGUUCGUCAACCCAGGAGGGAGCGUCAAAGACCGCGUGGCUCUACGGAUCGUGCAGGAGGCGCUCGAGUCCGGGCAGCUGAAACCAGGAGGGCUGAUAACGGAGGGCAGUGCGGGCAGCACAGGUGUCGCGCUCGCAUUGGUCGCCGCGGCGUUUGGCUGCCGCUGCUUCGUGGCCAUGCCGGACGAUGCUGCUGUGGAGAAGGCCGAGGCAAUGAGGGCAUUGGGCGCCGAGGUGGUGCGCGUUCGCCCAGUGUCCAUCACCCAUCCGAUGCACUUUGUGAACGUUGCACAGCGACGAGCCGAGGAGGAGAGGGAGGGAGGAGAGGCAAGGAGGAGAGCGGAGGAGGAUGAGAAAGGGAUGAGACGAGGAGAGGAAGGGGAGAUGGAUAAACGGCAAGGGGUGGCAGUGGGGGAAGAGGAUGCGGCAGUGGGAGAAGAGGAUGCGGCAGAGUGGAGAGGAGGCGAGGAUGGGGGCUUGAAGAGGGGCGGGACGACAGGAGGAGAGAAUGUGACGAGUGAGAGCAGUUGUAGUGGCUCCUCUGUUGACCGUUUUGACUCCGUGGCCAAUCAUGCUGUGCCAUGUGGCAGCAGCAGCAGCAGCAGCAGCGGCGGCGGCGGCGGCGGCGGCGGGGGCGGCAGUGGUUUCUUUGCGGAUCAGUUUGAGAACCUGGCCAACUACCGAGCGCACUACUGCGGCACGGGGCCUGAGAUCUGGAGGCAGACGGGCGGUGCAGUGGAUGCUUUUCUUGCUGCUGCUGGCACUGGGGGGACCAUCGCUGGGAUUUCGUGCUAUCUCAAGGAGCAAAAUCCUGCAGUGAAGGUCUACUUGAUCGACCCUCCAGGCUCCAGUCUCUUUCACAAGGUGACACGCGGAGUGCUGUACACUCGGCAGGAGGCGGAGGGGAAGAGGCUGCGCAACCCCUUUGAUACGAUCACUGAGGGCAUUGGUAUCAACCGGCUGACGGCUAAUUUCAAUGCUGCACGGAUCGAUGGGGCGUUCAGAGGGACGGAUAGAGAGGCCGUUGAGAUGGCGCGCUUCCUGCUGCGCAGCGACGGGCUCUUCAUCGGGUCCUCCUCUGCAAUGAACUGUGUGGGUGCCGUGCGGGUAGCUGAACAGCUGGGCCCCGGGCACACCAUCGUGACCAUUCUGUGCGACAGUGGCUUCCGGCACCUCAGCAAGUUCCAUAAUGAGGGGUAUUUGAGAAGCCAGGGGCUGCUCCCCUCUGCGACAGGGCUUGAGUUUCUGGGUGGGAGGUUUGCGGAGCAGGGGUGA